UGAUGCUGCGCCGCGCGGGGAUAAAUGAGUGGAGUCUGAGCGCCGGCGCCUCACAGCAUGGACUGGCUGCGCGCGGAGAGCACCGAGCGCACACGCUGUCUGCAGGUGCGCAACAAGCGGCAACGCGCACUGCCGAGGAGUCUGCAUCGCGCUCUCCCGUCAGAGGCGGAGACUGAUGCCUGAGAUUUUCAGGUUCAGUAAGAUGUACCUGUCGGAGAAGCACAUCUCAUGUGGAUUUUUUUUUCUUUUGGCAACAGUAUUAGUUUUUUGCACAAGUCAUAAAAGCUGGUGAUUUUUUUCCUUCCUCUCUCUUUUUUUUUAAUGAAACAAGUUCACAAACAGGACAUCUGUCAUGGAGGUGACACUGGAGCGGAUUGAGCCGGCGACCCUCAGAGCCCUGCUAGUGGCGUGCGUGACCCUGCUGUUCUCCAUCCACCUGUGCCGCUGGCUCCGGCAGCGGCCCGGCUCGGGCCCGCCCGGCCCCUUCCCCUGGCCGGUCAUCGGGAACGCCGCGCAACUUGGCAGCGCGCCGCACGUGUACUUUGCGCGCAUGACGAAAAAAUACGGCUCCGUGUUCCAGAUCAAGCUGGGCUCGCGGACCGUGGUGGUGCUGAACGGGGACUCCAUCAAGCAGGCGCUCGUCAAGCAGGGGCCCGAGUUUGCCGGCAGACCGGACUUCACCUCCUUCCAGCACAUCUCCGGCGGCAGCAGCUUCGCCUUCGGCACCAUCACGAACUGGUGGAAGGCGCAGCGCAGAGCCGCGCACUCCACCGUGCGCAUGUUCUCCACCGGGAACCCGCACACCAAGAGGACUUUCGAGCAGCACAUCAUCAGCGAGGUCAGGGAGGUGCUGCGGCUGUUCGUGGGCAAAACGCAGGCGCACGGCUACCUGCAGCCCAUGGCGUACCUGGUGGUGUCCACGGCCAACAUCAUGAGCGCGGUGUGCUUCGGGAAGAGGUACUCCUACGAGGACGAGGAGUUCCGGCAGGUGGUGGGCCGCAAUGACCAGUUCACGCAAACCGUGGGGGCCGGCAGCAUCGUGGACGUGAUGCCCUGGCUCCAGUACUUCCCCAACCCCAUCAAAACCAUCUUUAACAACUUCAAGAAGCUCAACCGGGAGUUUGAACAGUUCAUCCGCGAAAAGGUCAUCCAGCACAGAAAGUCCAUCCAGUCCAGCAUCAUCCGGGACGUGACGGACGCGCUGAUCGUGGCGCUGGAGCACAUCGCGGACAAGACGGAGCACUCACCCGGGAGGGACUACGUGGUCUCCGCAGUCGGGGAUAUUUUCGGAGCCAGCCAAGACACGCUGUCCACUGCCCUGCACUGGAUCAUCCUCAUCCUGGUCAAGUACCCGGAGACUCAGGUGCGUCUCCGGCAGGAAGUGGACAAGGUGGUGGACCGGAGCCGCAUCCCCUGCAUCGAGGACCAGCCGCGGCUGCCGUACGUCAUGGCCUUCAUCUACGAGGUGAUGCGCUUCACGAGCUUCGUCCCGCUCACCAUCCCCCACUCCACCACCGCCGACACCGCCAUCAUGGGCUACGCCAUACCGAAGGACACCGUGGUCUUCGUCAACCAGUGGUCCGUCAACCACGACCCCUCCAUCUGGUCGCAGCCGGAGACCUUCGACCCGGAACGCUUCCUGGACGAGGACGGCGCCCUGAACAAGGACUUAGUGAACGGCGUGCUGAUUUUCUCCCUGGGCAAGCGGCGCUGCAUCGGAGAGGAGCUGUCCAAGCUGCACCUGUUCCUCUUCACCUCCCUCCUGGUGCACCAGUGCCACAUCACCGCGGACCCGGCCUGCCCGCCCAAACUGGACUAUAGCUACGGGCUGACGCUGAAGCCGAACCCCUACUCCAUAGCGGUGACUCUGCGCGACGACAUGACGCGGCUGGACGCCGCCAUCAGCCAGGCGUCCAGUUAGGGGGCCGGGACAGUGUGUCGUCACGGACUAAAACACAUCUGAUCCAAUCAAAAAUGAUAACAAAUGAAGGCUGGCACAGAAACCUUAAACGAGAGAAUAUUCUGUGGCUGAAAAUAUAUUUAUCCUCUGAAAUCUCAGGCGAGGUUCUGUUGUGAUCACUCACUUAUUUCUAACGAAAGGAACAAAAACGAAAAAGAAAAAAAAAAAGCAGCCGUGGCAGCUGUUUUCAGAGGAGACGUGGCGGUGUGUUCACCUGGUCUGACGCCACACACACACACACAGACACACACACUUUGCUUCACGGAGACGGAAGAAGAGCAGCCAGACUGGGACGGACCUGCACUGUGAUCCCACUGCUCCGGGACGCCUUCCAGAUGUUUCUCUGACUGCCACUUUGUCAUAUCAUCCAGUAGAAACUCUCCAGUGUGUGUACAGGGACGUCUGAUUGUUCUCUAUUUUCCUAUCAAUAGUUUUACUGUCAGGUUACAGGAAAUCCCACUCUCUGAAUCAUCACUGAUCUGGUCACUUCUGUUUUUUUUUGUUUUUUUUUGCUCAUGCUGUGUGUUGAACUCUCCUUAAAACAUACAUGUAUAUGUGACGGUUGAAGGUAAACACCAAAAGCUGAGGUUGCUAUAUUGUUGAAUGAUGAAUACAAUGUGCCAUGGUCAGACUGCUGGCCGAACAACAGGUGAAUAAGCUCAUGGAGUGCAUUGGCCCUUUCCGCCCUGUGCCUGCUCAUAGCAAACAUACACAACUAACGUGCAAUUCAGUAAGUCUAAUAAGUGUCGCUACUCAGGAAGAGAGGCUGAAACGAGAAGCCGAAACUAUUUCAACCCACACGAUUUUUAAGAAUUUAAUAUAUUCUGAACCCUGGUUUGCAGAGGCUGAAAUAAAAAGGCAGAAGGAGCAUGAAGGGUCGAAAGAGCAGAGCUGCUGUGAGCGUGUCUGUCAACUGCUGUGCAACUACUGCAUGGAUGAAAAUAUGAAAUCAGUGUUAUUUAGACACCUGCUACUCUUUUUGUAUAAGAUUAACAGAUGCAGAUUUCUGGAACUAGGAAAAUCGUGACAUAUCUCUUUAUAAGUGCCAGUAACCAAAUCAUCUUUUUGUUUUUUUAAUAAAAAGUCAAAGGUCGGGACACAGGGGGUAGUUUCCAUUUUAUUGUUUCUAAGCUCAUCUAAUUGCUGAUUACUCUCUUAUGCUGAGACACUAAUGCUCUGACUUUUUUAUAUUAUACUGUUUUAUAUUAAAGGCGACUUUAGACGUUAAAACUAGCAGCACUUUUACGUCAGUCAUGUGUCUCAGUCAGUCGAAUUUGUUAAAAAAAAAUCUGAAAUAAUUAUUAGAUAUACAUUGAAAACUAUUUUUUUUUUAAUUCAUAAAAUAAUCGACAAACAUCAAAAUGAAGACAACAGAGCUACUAUAAUUUGAUAGUCUCAGUGAAUCAAAUUUAUUGAAAAGAUAAUCAUAUAGCAAAGCUAGAUCUAAACAGCUUAAAAAAAUAGAUAAAAGUAGUUCAUAAAUUAAAAAAAAUGAUCAAAAAAUGCAAGAUUUGAUUUCAGAAAAUAACAGAGAACAAAAAUAGAGAAAUGAUUCAAAAAAGAAAUCCACAAUCGUACAAUAACUUGAGGAUUCCAUGUAUUUCAUUUCUGUGAUUUACAAAAAAUACAUAAAACACUUCAAAUCCAACUUUAACUCUUCUUUUACUGCAAAUUUAACCAGAAAUAUACAAAUGAGGUGAGUGAUAGAGAGCAUUAAGAGACCCUGAGAGCUGCUGCCUGCUGAACUCCAGUCCUCUAAGCUUCAGGCUCCACAUUAGAGACGCUGCUCUUCUGGAGUUUCUCUUCAAUCUGCUACCCUGACAGUUGUUUUGAAUGAUAUUGUACAGUUCCAUAAUAAACGGAUGCUAUUCUUUUGUUUUUCCA